AAUAACACGAGUACUACUCCAACAACAACAUGGCGACAUGUGAGAAUAGUAGCGAGGUCGACGAUGAAAUAAACGAACCAGGCGCUGCUCCUUUUGGAAAUUUUAUAAAUUAUUAUACUUUUAAUCCACCGGAGAAUCGAUUGAGUCUGAUCCCCACCACGCUGCUUCAGGAUUUGGGCUACAGCGACAGCAGUCAGACGACAUUGCUGCUGGAUGUGGGCUGCAACACAGGGGAUCUAAGCGUAGCACUUUAUAAACAUGUAGUGCAGACCUCGGAAUCAAACGUUCAUCUUCUCGGCUUCGACCUGGACGACACCUUGAUCCAGCGGGCCAACUGCACUAACCCUUUCCCGGGUAGCGUCACCUUCACCCCGCUGGACAUCACCAAAGACUGCACGCCACUGCAGGACUACCUCAAUCUGCACGGAUCCUCGCAUUUCCAUGUGACUUUCUGCCUAGCCGUCACCAUGUGGGUCCAUCUGAACCACGGCGACGCCGGCCUGCUGCGACUCCUCUCUCGUCUGGCGGAGCUCAGCCAGCACCUCCUACUGGAGGCGCAGCCCUGGAAGUGUUACCGGUCAGCGGCCAGGAGGCUCCGAAAGCUGGGCCGGUCAGACUUCGACCACUUUAAGAAUCUCCAGAUCCGAGGGGACAUGAGCAAACACGUUAUGAGACACUUAGAGGGACACUGCAACAUGGAGCUCGUACGGAGUUUCGGGGCUACUGUUUGGAAUCGGAAGUUGUUGCUGUUUAAACGGAAGUGACUAAGGGGAGUAUUUUUGGGUUACACAGGAAGUCGAAUAGGGAAACAUACAACUGUAUUCAUGAUAAAAUAACUUUACCAACUUGAAAUUUCAACAUUAUUUGAUACAUUGUAAUAGAAAAUUUGUAAGUAUAUAAAAUAAAACUUGUGUUAAAACCAUAUUUUAAACUUAUUUUCGACUUGUAUUGCAAAUUAUUUACGUGUAAAUGUUUCACGUUUUUCAUACAAUACAGUGGGUUUUAAAACAGAACAAUAAUGGUAAAUUUCAGCCAUUCCAGUCAUAUUAUGGAUGUACUAUUGUGUUUAGGUUUUUGUUAAACUUUAGAUUAAGGCAAAAAAAUCUGUUUAUUAAAGUAGAUGAGCAACAGGAAGGUAACAAACAAACAGCAAUGUUCAUCAUUUUAAUUACAGAGUACUAAAAAUAACAUUACAUAAAAUGUCUUUUUAAAAGAAACCAUUGAAAUAUUACAAAGGUCUGUAAAUCUUGUAAAGUUAGGAUAUAAAAUCUUUGAACAAUGGUGCAUAAUUGAGAAGAAAAAUAAUCUCCAUAAAAUGUAUAUAUUAACUGUUCUACUACUUUAAAAAAAAAAAAAAGCAAAGAGAUGGACACGAAAUGCAGACACAGAUAAGAGAUGAGUCAACAAAAGAUGCACAGCAACGCACCACAAUCAGCUCUCAAGUUAAUGAUCGUUUAAAAAAAAAAAAAAAAAAAGUUAACAUUUACAAGUGAGCCAAAAACCAGGGUGACUUGGCGAGUGCUCCCCCAGUACUCAAACCCUUUUGCUAGACUGGCCUUUUGUUCCAUUCAUUCAUACUUUAUCCACAGGUUUCAUUAAAACUGUACACAAAAGAAAGAG